AUGCUUGAACCACUUCUCCCGUCAGUAUGGGGGGGGGGCAUAGGCACACUGUUUGCCUUUGGGCAAACAGGCUCCGGCAAAACCCAUACUAUCAGCGAAAUGGAGCGACUUCUCCCCGAGACUUUGUUUGAUGGAGCUUGGUCAACUCAGCGAAAGCUGUUUGUUUCCAUGUUCGAGCUUGCCGGGAACUGCGCAUAUGACUCACGUGCGCCAUUCUCGAUUCUGGAAGACUCGUUUGGCGAUACCCAGCUUGUCGGAGCCCAGGAACUUGCCAUCAACAGCAAGUCCGAAUUUUUAGCACUGAUUGAAAAAGCAACAUCUUUUCGACAGACCGCCGGUACAGAGAAAAACGACGGAUCCUCACGCUCCCACGCAAUUUGCCGUAUCAGAGCCGUGAACAUCUCACCUGGAGUUUCAGAGGAUGGCACCCUCUACUUGAUUGACCUCGCAGGAUCAGAGGCUGCACGAGACCUUGCCAAUCACAGCGCUGACCGCAUGAAAGAGACCCGUGAGAUUAAUAUUAGUCUCUCUAUUCUCAAAGAUUGCAUAAGAGGCAUAGCAAGCAGUAACAACACACCCGGAACUACACAAAAGGGUCAAAAAGGACCAUACAUUCCAUUCCGCCAGAGCACGUUGACCAAGGUCUUGAAGCAUGUCUUCGACCCGUCUGGUACUCGAAACUCCAAAACUGCAGUAUUAGCCUGCAUCAACCCGAGCUUUUUGGACACGGCAGCAAGCAAAAACACUCUUCGUUACGCGCAUAUGCUGUGUUCGACUGAAGUCAAAUAUCAGGUGGCGGAGCAUAACCCUGCGAUACCAAAGACCUGGAGUAACAAGUUUCUUCGGAGUUAUAUCACCAAAGAAUCGGGCAGUCCCGUGAUUUCACCCUCUAUUCUUGCGCCGCAUGAAUCAGGUGCUCAGCUUUUGGCCAUUCCCGUGAACAAGUUCGUCGCCCGCUGUCUCCGUACUAAAGGUGUGACGGAUAAUCAAGCCAAAGCCUUUCAUGCUAAGCUUUGGUGCCUGCAUAUUGACUCCACACGCGGCUCCGUGGCAGAGCACAAGGGCGAUGUUGAUUCCAUCGAUGCAAUACAACAAAUUACCAAUCCCGAGAAGAGCGUGUCAACUGUUACACAUAUUUCCACCCGUGACUUGGUGUGCGAGGGAGACACGCGCCCAUUCAAAGAUCGCAUUAGACCUGGCAUGGUAGUUCGUUGUAAUGCGACGGCAAGAUUUCCUGGCACCUCGUCGCAGGAGAAACUAGUCAUGAUUCUAUGUCCGCAGAAUGUUGUUGGAAAGAACAUGAAAGACUCUCUUGGUAAUGAGAUCAAUCCGAGUUAUUGUUUAUCACAGCAUGAGGAAUCAGAGCUCCCGGGUUCCAGGUUUCAGCGCUACCUAUGUGCUUUGGUCUUGUCCGGGGGGCUGCCAGACUCGUACGAGGUCAGUAUCUGGCGCCAAGUUGUUGUGGACUUGAGCUCUAUGGAGACAGAAGUCACAUUAGAGUAUAAUCCAGCGACAAGAUACUAUCAUAUCUGUUGA